GAAGUUCGUAAUACGCGCUGGACUACUUGCCCUUUUUAUCCCUCGGAAGUCGUGAUAUAUGGGAACCAUUGCGUGUGCCACACCCUCCGCCACCGGCACUUCGACGACGGCUCAGACUCAGAGACUCGUUGCACAUUCCUCAGAGCUAUCUGGUUUCCCUUUCUCAUCAAUCCCUGCCGUCUCGAAACGCUCGGCGUCGCUCCUCAAAAAUCCCAAUUCCAUCAACAAACGCUGUUCCAUGGCCAAGCCCCUCCAGCUCAACGCUUCUUCCACCAUUGCUGCAGCAAACGAAGCAGUAGAGGCUGCUUCUUCUGGUUUGGUGGGCGAGUAUGACCUGCUGAUUGUCGGACCUGGUGUUCUGGGUCGCUUAGUCGCAGAAAAAUGGCGGGAGCAGGAACAUCCAGGUUGUCAAGUUUUUGGGCAAACGGUUUCCACUGAUCACCAUGAUGAAUUGAUUAAGAUGGGCAUUAAUCCAUCUUUGAAGGGGACUACAGCGACACACAGGUUUCCGUAUGUCAUUUUCUGUGCUCCUCCUUACCAAACUUCAGACUAUCCCGGUGAUGUCAGGGUGGCUGCAUUGAACUGGAAUGGUGAAGGUUCUUUCUUAUUUACAUCAAGCUCUGCACCAUAUGAUUGCAACGACAAUGGACCAUGUGAUGAGGACACACCGGCAGUACCUAUUGGGAGGAGCCCUAGAACAGAUGUCCUUCUAAAAGCAGAAAAUGUAGUGCUGGAAUUUGGUGGUUGUGUUCUUAGAUUGGCAGGACUUUACAAAGCAGAUAGAGGUGCACAUGUUUAUUGGUUAGAAAAAGGGACUGUUGAAGCUCGUCCAGAUCACAUCCUGAAUCUUAUACACUAUGAGGAUGCGGCUUCCCUUUCAGUUGCGAUCUUAAAGAAGAAUUUUCAUGGCCGUAUUUUUUUGGGUUGUGAUAAUCAUCCUUUAUCCAGGCAGGAAGUAAUGGACUUAGUUGCUAAAAGUGGAAAAUUCAGCAAAAAGUUUGAGGGCUUUACAGGCACUAGUGAUCCACUAGGUAAAAGAUUGAACAACUUGAAAACUCGUGAGGAAAUAGGAUGGAAGCCAAAAUACUCAAGCUUCUCUGAUUUCCUUGGAGUAUCCGAGUAAUUGUUGCAUCCAUCCUCAUUGUUGGGACUGACACCGAAAAAAGAUCUGGCUUUAGGCACUGCAUACCCAGAGAGCUUGGCCAUGAAGCUUCUUAUGGGCUGAAACCUGAAAAUCGAUGUGCACAACUUACGAACGAGAGAGAGAGAGAGAGAGAGAGAGAGAGAGAGAGAGAGAGAGAGAGAGAGAACUUCAGGACAUAUUCAGAUUGAGGUAAGUAGGAUAUCUCUUGUACGUACAAGACGUUAGUUACAGGGGUUGUUUCAGUAUCUAACUAAUGUUCAUGUCGGUUUAUAUUGCUUACCAUAACGGCUUUGCCAUCUGUGGUCGCAGAAAUCUUCUCUCGGAAUUAAAAACAUGCAUCUGAUCUUCAUUGUUGUCAACCUUGGAUAUUACUUGGAAAUUGAUGUUUUUUUUUUUUUUAAUGAUUCAGCCAAUUAUUAACCUUUUACCAAACUUUAAAAAAAAAAAAUUACGUUUAUUGUUUUUCUUUUAGCAAAAUACUUUCAUUUUUACCAACGGAAUGGAAAAUUUCUUGGGAAUCAUGUGGUCUCCUUGGUCUAUGAUAAAUGGCCAUGUGAUGUGCCGGUCUUGUGCGCGUGCCCAACUAUCACGAAUAUACCGACAACCUUAGCAUAAUAAUACAUCAUAGUCUCUCAAGACGCCAUGGAGAGCAUCACCCUUUCUUGGUCUUUGACGUAGUCGACGUUAGUUAGGGAAAAGUGUAAUAAUAAUUAAAAAAACUUUACAACUAACAAGUAUUUAAUAGAUAACAAAAAAUGAAGAUUUAGAGAAACCGCGUAUUCAAAUCAGUAGACUAUAUAGGAGCUUCCACCACCUAACGCAAAAGCAAUUGUCCAAGUCAACUUUCCCCCUUCUUAUAUACUUCGAUCUCCCCUUGCAAGCAAAAUAAAAAGACAUCAGGAAAAAAAAAAAACUUGGAAAAAAUACAGUGGUGCUGGGUUGAUCAUGGGGAAGUCAUGUUGCAUGGAAUCGGACGAGGGUUUGGAUUUCUCGGGCUUCCUCGUAGUGAUUGUCCUUGUUCUGCUUCUCAUGGUUGUAUGCAGUUCUCCGCCUAGACGACGGCCUGCCGUUGUUGCUGUCUAUCGACCUUGCUGGUGACUGCAGGAUCCUCCUCCUUCUCAGAUCAUUGAUACUCUUCUUCUUCUUCCUCUUUUUCUUGUUUUUGUUGUUUUUUUGGUUCAGACGGAUCUUUGUUGGCAACAAAUAAUAAGUGGUCAGUAGGAAUUCUGUAUUUUUUGUUUCCGUCUUUUCCAUUCGGCGUGCAAACUGUUAUUUAAUAUUUGAGAGGAAUAUGAUUUGUGUCUGAACACUGUUGUUUCAUGUCCUGAAACCGUGCGUGUUGUUCAAUCCAAUAAGAGUACAUAACCUCGUGAUUAUCGUCGAUAUUUUUGGUAAGUGGAAUUUAUAGUUUCAAAGCAUUCCGAUUUGUUUAGCUGCAA